GGCCGAAUAGUAGGUUUAUGCACACUUGCAAACUUCUUGAGGAUCCCACAUCUUGAGGUUCGCGGGACUCCAGAGGCACCAGCUGCUUCAAAUAUACCUGUUUGUUGCUUUGCAAUGGCAUUUUAGCAGCUGCUCACUCUCCUAAUUUGCCUGGCAGAAACCUUCCUUAUUAUGCAUUUGUCUGCACGAACCCGCCUGUGCUCUGAAUCAGCGACACAUUUCUUCACAGUACGAUGAUCACGCGCAAAUGUCACAGUUGGUUGAGGACUUCAAGAGCACAGUGCUUCCGUCCCUCAAAAGUGGAAUUGCUGCAUUUAAUGGUCUAAUAUCCACUCUCUUGACCACAAAUACAGAUAUAGUCACUAAGGAAAUGGAUUCAUUUAGGACUCUUCGCAGCAGCAUGGAGGAGGUAAAGGAGUACAUGUCACAGUCAGAGGAAGCGGCAAGUACUAGGCUGAGACAGGUAGAUGAGCUCACUGAAAAUUUGACUGCCAGAAAGGGAGAUCUUGAGAGGAGGCAAAGUGAGAAGAAUCAGAGGCUUAGAGACUUAGAGUAUAAUUUGGAGAGAAAUAGAUACAUGUUAAAGCAACAUUACGACUCCUUAAGGAAAGCCACAGACAACAAGUGGAGAGCACAGUGGCAACUUCAAAAUCUACAAAACAAAAUGAAGGAGGCAGAGAAUAAACGAAAUAUUGGGAUUGGGCUCGCAUUCAUUCCCGUUGUUGGGUGGAUCGCUGGAGGGAUACUGAUUGGUGUUAGUCAGGGAGAUUUAGAACAGGCUUCCAGAGCAGCAGAUGAAGCAAACCGAGGUGUGAACCUAUUUCAACAUCAGAUCAACACCAGCUCCCAGAAGCACUCCGAGUACGAGAAGCAGAUCAGCCAGGUGAGGGUGGAGAUGAGUCAGGUGAGCGCUGAUGUGGAGAGAAUAUGGCAGGACCUGAAGACAGUGAAGAACCAGCGCACAACCAUAGCCAAUUUCCAAAGCAAGAUAAAGAAUGCAGUCAACCUCCUGGGUCAACUGGCCGGCACGGCAUCGGUGGCGGAGGUCCAGACAAGAGUCUUUGUGCUUCUGGGUCCUGUUAUCAGCGUACUGGAGAAUGUGAUUGAGCUGGCUGGUUACAUUACUCAGCAGUCUCUUCUCUGUGAGGACUUCUCUGUGAGGGCUCUUAUUGUCACUCUGCAGCAGAAUCACGACAAGCUUAGGGCCAUUGAGGCUGAUAAAGAUGCAGACCAAGACAAUGAUUUUUAUUGAGUGUUUAAUCAAAUAAUCUGUUCUUCUCAAUUUUUUAGAACCCUGUCACUCAAUGUAUGUGGGAAUUGUCGUGCUAAAAUAUCUAUACCCUGAGCUAGGCUUAACUGUGACUGUUGCCUUAUCCACCCAUAAUUAGCUAAAUCCCCAUGCGGCACACAUAUGGUCUUUGCUCAUGGGUUAGAAUUUUAUCAUACAGAAUGCAUAUCAUUAUUGUCAUUUAUAAUUUUGUUAUUUUAUCAGGCAGUUGUAUACCUUUUUUAAAAAGCCUGUUAUAGGCCUUGUUGAAAAACUCUUUUCUUCUCAUACAAACAUGUAUGUGCAAUUCUCUCUCAAUAAAUGCAUAUAUGUCUCA